AUGGACUACCUGGACGGAAACCUCCACCAGUCGCUGCUGACGGCCCUCGCUGCCAACCUCGCUUCAACCUCCGAGCAGGACGACCUCGCGCUCCUCACGACCUCGUUCAGCUCGCUCGAGCCAGUGUCGAACACCGCAGUCAAUGGCGUCCUCAGUCGGAUGAACGGCGGCUCUGGUGCGGGCGAGGGAGAACUUGUCACGAACGACCAGCUCGAAGGCAUGAUUGCCUUUGCCGAAUACUCGAGCAAAGCCGAGCACAAUCAGGCGCAAGCGGGCCAGGUUGUCAAGCUGUUGCAGGGAAUUCCGAGAUGGUCUCUCGAGCCAGCGCUUGGCGUACAAGCGUCGUACGACUGGGCUCCCGCCGACCGUCUCUCCUUCGCUCUUACCGACGCCGCUUUCCGUUGCGCCGAUUCCAACGGGCAAGCCCGUGAAGCCGUCAUCAAGAGCGUCCAGUACGUCCAAGCCGAGCUCGAACGCCAGGCUCGCGAUGCACCCGGACCGCAUACCAUCUCAUACGUCCUGCCAGCCCUCAAUGGACUGCGUCGCGCGAUUCCGCAAGGUCACCUUCGCUGGACGGCCGCAGACCCGCAGCCAUCCAUCCUGUCUUUCGACGACCCAGCCGUCACGCACCUUCGCUCAAUCUUCGCAAAUUCGAGCGACCUCGACCUGUCCUCGGAAGAAGGCCGUAUCGCGCUUGCUACCCUCGAGAAGUAUCAGUUCGUCCAGCCUGGACUCUCGCCGACACUUCCGCUCCUCGCCAGCCUCGAGAUCCAGCAGGCAUACUGGUCCUCCUUCCUCUCGCCGGCGAAGUCGAGCGAGGCACGUUGGAAAGAAAUGCUUGUCGGGAGCGGCAAGCAGACGGACAAGUCGGCCAUGCCGCAGCAGAUCGCGGCGGAAGGUGUCGCUCAGAAGGCUCUCGAGAUCUGGCAGCGGGUUGUGCGGGCUAUCGAGAACGAUGACGAACUCGACGACGAGGUCGACCUCCAGCCGACCCCGCUUCUCGUCGCCAGUCUUACACUCGCCGUCACAGCUUCGGUCAUCGCCCGCAAGCUCGAGCCUGACCUCCUCGGCGUCCUCGAGUCGGUCCUCCACCCGGAGUCUGCCGGGAUUGACGAGUCCAUCCAGGUUGCUGGAUCUCAAGCUCUCCAGGUCAUCGCGCAUGGCUUCCCCGAACGCCUCACGUCUGCGACCGAGAUCAUUCGGCGCUUCCUCCUCUCGCCCGCCUUGCGACCCUCGGACGAUCCCUCGACCCUCACUCCCGCUCUGCAGACCGCAACUGAGGCGUACUCUGCGCUUCUCGCUCUUCCCGACGUGUCCAGCCGCACUUCGGCUAUUCAGACGCUCCUCAACCACCUCGCAUCGAUCGAGCGCCAGGGCUAUGUGCCGAACGGCGACAGCUUCGUCGACGCCGCGAGCACGAUUGGCAGUGUACGGCGUUACGGAGGCGACACUGCAGAAGUUGCGGCCAACAUUGUCCACAUCGUGUCGCUCCUCGCGAGGAAGAGCGGCGAGACCUCGCUUGUUCGCCUCGUCGGCUCAACGCUGCUGCACUACGCGACGAACGGCAGCGUCCCGGUCCAGGGCGCCGCCCUCAUCGAGCUGUGCGAGAUCGCCGCGGUUUCGGACAAGCACGCCUACGUCGAGUCGUUGCGAACGGUGACGGGAGUCGCUCGGACCGCGACAGGAGGAGACGACAUCAGCUAUCAGACCGCCAUCUCCGCCCUUACCCAGCUCGCCAGCAUCGCCGCCAAGAAGCACGAGGAGCUCGGCUUCUCGUUCCUCUCGGAGCUCUUGACGCUGUUCGGCAAUAAGGGCGCCGAAAGUGCGGGUUCGAGCGAAGAGCGCACCACGAUGCUCCUUGCUCUCGUCGCUGUCCUCGACAGCUACCUCACGCAAGUCUCGUUCGACGCUUCGUCCGUCAUCUCGUCCGCACUCAGCGCCCUCUUCCGCGGUUUCUGGUACACCUGCCUCCUUUCCGGCUUCCUCUCUUCGCCGCAACGCCUAAGCGCCUGGCAGCGCGGUACUCUACUCUCCGUCGCCCAGCGUUCUCCUCCUCUUGUCGUCGGCGUCAGCCAGGACCUCGUCGAAUUGGAAGCGCAGGUGCAGGCCAUCCUCAAGUCAGCAUCUUCGCACAGCAUGUCGGUUGAGGCGAUCCGCGGAGACCUCGCGAACGGCAUCCCUUCGCAGGCGACACACGCACGCUCGAUCCCGGCGCCGCAAGCCGUAUUCCUCGCAACCGCCUACCGUCUCGAGUCGCUGCGUGCCGAGGCGGGAGCCAUCGCGCCCCUCUUCCUCUACUUCGGUGUACCAGCCUUGAGCGGCGAGUCGCCCAUCGGUGACACGCUCAAGUCGAUUGGCGACAAGGUUCUGUCGGUCUACAUGGCGCGCCUGGGUCAGCAAGUCCCGCUGCACGCGAUGGACAGCUCCGCCUAUAUCCAAGUUCGGACGAUCCUCCUGCACACGACGAACAGCUCGGAGAGCAUGCGCAGCACCGCGUUGCGAUUCCUCGACAAUAUCCUCGCGAGCUUCCCUUCACUCGUCUGCAAUCUCGGCGUCGUCACGGUCAUGCUCGAGCUGCUCACGGUUCUCCGCCGAGCCUGUCUGGACGAAUUCACAGACGAGUACACGCCGUCAUUCGAGUUCCACUCGAACCGCGGCAAUUUCACCAUCACGCUGACGGACGACUACCCGCUCCGCAACCGUAUCCUCCGCAAUCUGCACGAGCACGUCCGCUCGUGGCUCAAGAAGGGCAUUACUCGUUCGCCGCUCGAGAUGCAGGGUCUGCUGCAGGAGUACGUCGACGUCACCAGCGACGGCUACCGCAUGCAAAUGCUCAACGACGACGAGAUGGGCAAGAGCGUCGCGCUCGACCUCGUCAAGACUCCGCCCGCCAACGGCAAAUACGCUUCGCUUCCUGCCUGGGGCAAUUGGAACGCGGACGCAUCGACGGCAUUCGCAAGGACCUUUGCGGCGAAGAGCUUCUUCGGCGGCGAGGCUCAACGCGGUGCUACGAACGCUCGCGACGUGCUCGACAAGCUGGAGGACCUUGCGGAGCAGCUCGACAAGCACAAACUGCACUUCAAGCUGUCUGAGCUACGGGACCUCUUCUACCGCGGGGCAGCACAGGUCGUGAAGGCUCAGCAGCCCGAUUUCGAGGUCCUCCGCCAUGUCGUCUCUCUUCCCGUCCGCCUCUACACCGAAGCGUCCAUUGCCGUCGGUCAGGAGAUCUGGACUUGGAUCGCUGAUGCAAGGCCCGAACUUGAGCCCCGUGUGGUCAGCGAAGUCCUCGAGGCAUGGGCCGACACAUUUGAGAGAGAGCAAGGGCUGUUCUCGCGUACUCUCGACACCGAUACUCCCCUCAAUCAGGAAACGCAGUUCACACCGACCGACAAGGAAGCGCUCAACCGCGACUACCUCUUCGCGAACCGCCUCUUCUCGCCCAUGCUCGCCAUGCUCGACUUCCUGCAGAGUCGCUACCAGGCAUACCGCUACCGCAACGCAGACCUCGUCUACGCGACCCUGCGACUCCUGCUUCGCACGCUCGAGGCGCAUGAGAAUUGGAGUCGACACCCGCUCUCGCGCGAACUGCGGCUCACCUUGCUCUCCUUCGGCUUCACUUUGAUCGGCGGAAGUCGCCUCGACAGCAUCGCCGAGUACAAUCUGCGCGCAAAGCUCUUUGACGCGGCUUUCGCUUGGUUCGAGGUUCGCCCGACCUGGUCCUUCGGCAACAACCGCAUCCAGAUCAAGGCCGACCUGCAGGCAAUCGACAACCUGAUCCAGGCUGUGCAAGCCGACUCUCCGAACUACGAUGUGGUCUCGUCCAGCUUUGAGGACAGUCGCCACGCGCCAAGCCUGCCAGGACGCGCCACGGCAUCUUCAGCGAAGGAAGAUCAGCGACUACGCCAGCAGCUCCUCAAGGCGUUGCUCGCCGAUGAAGCGGAGCGUUUGCGGCUUUGGCUCAAUCCCCUUCUCGACUCGAAACGCGGAGCUGUUCCGAGCGGUGAGACGCCGGGAGUUGAGGAACUGCGCAAGCUUGCCCGCUUCGCCUGGACUCGCUGGCCGAAGGUCGUCGUCUUCCUCCAUGACCGCUUCAAGCUUCCGCCUCUGCUUGAGGAGGUGGUUCGCCUCAUUCGCUCCGACCCACUCGCCGUUCAGGACUGUCCCGACGCACUACCGCUCCUCGUCGGCGAGAGUCUCUCGCUCGACACGAGACCCAAGUUCAGACACAUUCUUUAUUGGGCGCCGGUUCCCGUCCCGGAGGCUUUGCGCUUCCUCUUCCCCAAGUUCGGCGGCGACCCGAUCCUCCUGCAGUAUGCGCUGCGCGUCCUCGAGCACCAUCCCGUCUCCAUCACCUUCUUCUACGUCCCGCAAGUCGUGCAGGCGCUCAGAACGGACGAGCUCGGCUACGCAGAGCGCUUCAUCUUCGAGACGUCCAAGAUUUCGCAGCUCUUCUGUCACCAGAUCAUCUGGAACAUGAAGGCGAACGCCUACCGCGGCGACGAUGCAGAGGAGGCCGACCCGAUGAAGCCGAAGCUCGACCGUCUCGUCGACAUGAUCGUUGAAUCCCUCUCUGGCGAGGCGCAAGACUUCUACAACCGCGAGUUCACCUUCUUCGACGAGGUCACCUCGAUCUCCGGCAAGCUCAAGCCCUUCAUCAAGUCUCCCAAACCCGAGAAGAAGGCCAAGAUCGACGAGGAGAUGGCCAAGAUCAAGGUCGACGUCGGCGUGUACCUGCCGAGUAACCCUGACGGUGUCGUCGUCGACAUCAACCGCACGUCCGGCCGACCGCUUCAGAGCCACGCCAAGGCGCCCUUCAUGGCGACCUUCAAGGUCCGUAGGACACGGCACACGGCCGACACCGAUGACCUCGAGGCGCAAGACGAGCUGAUCGACGUCGAGGAAGGCGCUGCAAGCUUAAGGAAGCAGGAGUACGACACCUGGCAGAGCGCCAUCUUCAAGGUCGGCGACGACUGCCGGCAGGACGUCCUCGCUCUUCAGAUUGUCGCCAUGCACAAGAACAUCUGGAACUCGCUCGGUCUCGACUUGCUCGUCACGCCCUACCGCGUCACCGCAACCGGACCCGGAAUGGGCGUCAUCGAUGUCAUCCCGAACGCCACGUCCCGCGACGAGAUGGGCCGUGCCAAGAUCAACGACCUGCUGUCCUUCUUCAAGAUGAAGUUCGGUCCGGUCGAGUCGGCCGACUUCCAGCGCGCCCGCAACCACUUCAUCCAGUCAAUGGCCGCGUACUCGGUCCUCUGCUUUAUCAUCCAGAUCAAGGACAGGCACAACGGCAACAUCAUGGUCGACGCGAAGGGCAACAUCGUCCACAUCGAUUUUGGCUUCCUCUUCGACAUCGGGCCGGGUGGCGUCAAGUUCGAGCCGAGCUCGUUCAAGCUCACGCACGAGAUGCUCAUGCUCAUGGGCGGCAAGGACAGCGUCGGGUACCGGCACUUCAAGGAACUCACGGUCAAGGCGUUCCUCGCGGCCCGCCCGUACGCCCAGUCGAUCGUCGACACCGUUGCGCUCAUGCUAGCGGCCGAGUUCCCGUCGUUCAAGGGCGAGCCGACGCUCGAGCGACUCAAGGGCCGCUUCAGGCUGGACCUGAGCGAGAAGAAGGCGGCCGAGUGGUGGCUCACCAUUGUCGACGACGCCUGCGAGAACAAGCGCUCCAUCGUGUAUGACGAGUUCCAGCGGAUCACAAACGGCAUCCCCUACGUUCGCUGA